UAUGCGUAGAUAAAGAAGCAAGCGGCUCAACCAGUUCUGUUUUCCAUUCUGUUUUCACCUUUGCUCUCUCUCCACACUGGAGAGAGAGACUGAGGACGGAGGCUGUAUUUUUUUUUUUCCUGUUUUAUUUUUUUAACUCUAGUUUAGGAGCUAAUAUUUAAAGUGGCUUCAGGAUAUUUGCUUAGUGAAGCAGGAAUCCUUCGCCUCUGAAUGCAGCAUGGGGUCUGACGAUUCGUACAAUUUCGUCUUUAAAGUGGUUUUGAUUGGUGAGUCCGGUGUAGGGAAGAGCAACCUUUUGUCUCGCUUCACCAAGAACGAGUUCGCCCAUGACAGUCGCACCACCAUCGGUGUCGAGUUCAGCACGCGGACCGUUCAGUUGGAUAACAUCACCAUCAAAGCUCAAAUCUGGGACACAGCGGGCCUGGAGCGCUACAGGGCUAUCACCUCAGCGUAUUACAGGGGAGCAGUUGGAGCGCUGCUGGUCUAUGACAUUAGCAAACACUUGACCUACGAGAGUGCAGAGCGAUGGCUGAAGGAGCUGUAUGACCAUGCAGACCCUCACAUCGUUGUCAUGCUGGUGGGAAACAAAAGUGAUCUGGGGAAUGUUAGGACUGUACCCACAGAUGAAGCCAGAGACUUUGCAGAAAAGAAAGGUCUGAUGUUUAUGGAGACCUCAGCACUGGAUUCCACCAAUGUUGAAGUAUCUUUCAGUGAAGUUCUCACAGCAAUCCAUAAGAAGGUGGCCAGCAGAGAGGUGACCCGUGGCUCCAUCAGUGCUGUGACCCUGUCCCGCCCCCUUGGGCCAAACAGCGAGGCACUGGAGGAGCGCAAAGGCUGCUGCAAGAGCUCCUAACAGACUGCUGCCCCCCCACAAAGAUCUGAUCUGUCCAUACUGAAGUAUCAUCACGCUUGACUGACAUUCAAGCUUAAGUGUGACUUCAUACAUAUAGGAAUGGGGCACCUGCUUGACACUGAGCUGUUGGUGUCCAGCAGUGUCAAGCCUCUUUAAAUAUACCAUCUUUACUGUGUAUAAUUCAGUGAAUAAGUGUUGCAAAUAGUAAUUCACUGUCUUAUACAUGUUUCUUUUGGUGGCUGAUGGGCAAUUUCUGCAUUAGAUGGCAUUUUUUUUUUUUCAUGUUUUUAGAAAUACUUUGUAAAGUUUUAUUGGUUUUAGAAAGGAAUGCAGAGGGGACAUCUUGGAAUAAGUUAUUUCUGCUUUUCUGUUUGCUUGUAAUUAUUACAAAGUCAUGAAACAUCUCCAUGAGGCCCAGACUGUGUGGAAAUAGGAGAGAAAAGGAGGUGAAAAAAACCCCCAAAAUAACAUGCUAGCUGGUCAAAUUUUAACCAAUUUAUAUGCUGUUACGUUAAUCUGUGAAAGUUAUUGUUGUUAGAAUUACAUGAGGAAUCAUGGAGUCCCAGUCAAAAGAUGAAAGAAAUGGUGUAUUUAAUUUAGUCAAGUUGAUGGUAUUCCAUCAUUGCACUUGACCAAUCACAUUGUUAUGUUGUCAGAUUUGUGACUGUAGUGGGAGAAGUUUGUUUUCAGGACAGAAACACUAAAGCAGAAAGGCUUUCAGAAGUUAUGUGAGGCAAUAAAAACCACAUCAAAGUGAGUGCAAGGAGCCGGUUGUCCUCUUUCAAACCAAACAUCACUCUUGAUUUGUUAAAGAAACCAAUUUUAAACGAUUUGAACAUUGUGACAUUGUGUUAUCCCUCUGGAAGCACCUUCAGAAGAUGGGUUCACUGUGGUCCUAAAAGAACAGACAUGGUCAGCAACAUGCUGGAUCUGUGCUUUUAUGUUUGCACCAAAUUUUGACCCAUCCAGCAGAAAUUGAGACUCAUCAGACCAGGCAAAGUUUUUCCAAACUUUUGUUCAGUUUUGGUGAGUUCAUGUGAAUUUUAGUUGUAGUUUCCUGUUCUUAGCUGACAGGAGUGGCACCGGCUGUGGUCUUCUGCUGCCGUUACCCAUCUGCUUUAAGGUUUGAAGUGUUGUGAGUUCAGACAUGCUGUUCUGCAGAUCUUGGUUGUAAAAAAUGGUUAUUUGAGUUACUGUUGCCUUCCUAUCAGCUUCGAGCAGUCUGGCCAUUCUCCUCUGACCUCUGACAUCAACAAGGCGUUUUCACCCAGAGAAUUGCCGCUCACUGGAUAUUUUCGCUUUCUCAGUCCAUUUUCUGUAAACCACAGAGAUGAUAGUGUAAGAAAAAUCCCAGUCGAUCAGUUUCUGAAAUACUCAGACCAACCAUCUCUCACCAACACCCAUACCACAUUCAAAGUUACUUAAAUCACCUUUCCUCCCCAUUCUGAUGCUUGGUUUGCAUUUCAGCAGGUUGUCAGCUGUGAUUGGCUGUCUAGAUAUUUGUGUUAAACAGUUGAACAGGUGUACCUAAUAAAGCAGCUAUGUAUGUACAUGCCAUAUUGAUUAUGUCCAUCCAUUUUCUUCCACUUA